AUGGGUCGCCUCUCCCUCUUGCCGUCUCUCGCUCUCUCUCUUCUCUUCGUACUGGGAUCAGCAGAAGCCCAGCUCCGAAUUGGCUUCUACUCCAAGUCAUGCCCUCAAGCUGAGUCCAUCAUCACGGAGGAGAUCGACAGAGCCAUCAGGGUAGCCCCCUCCAUUGGAGGCCCCCUCCUCAGGAUCUUCUUCCACGACUGUUUCGUCAGAGUAAGUCUCACCACGUCAAACACACAAUGACUCUCCUUCCGAGCAGAGCAAGAGAGAGAAAGAAGGAGAGAGAAACCCGGGCUCUAACGUGUGUCGGGCCCAUCUGCUCUUGCAGGGAUGCGACGCCUCCCUUCUACUCAACUCUACCAGCGCGAGUAACCCGACGGAGAAGGACGCUCGGCCGAACCAGUUCCUCAGGGGAUUCGCUCUCAUCGACAGGAUCAAGGCGAGGCUGGAGAGGGCCUGCCCCUCCACCGUCUCCUGCGCCGAUAUCCUUGCUCUCAUUGCGAGAGACGUCGUGCACGCGGUAGAGACACGAGGCCCCCUUCCUCUCUCCUCUGACGCCUGUUUUUGUUCCCCGUUCUCUCUAACUUUAACCAUCCCCCGGGACUCCUCCGCCAUUUCAGGAUCAGGGCCCAUUCUGGGAAGUCCCCACGGGGCGCAGGGACGGGUCGGUCUCCAUCGACACCGAAGCCCUGCGACUGUUACCCGCCUUCAGCGCCAACAUCUCUACCUUAAAGUCUCAGUUCGACGACGUCGGCCUGGACUCCAAGGACCUCGUCCUCCUCUCAGGUACUGAACCAUUCUCCUCCUUUCACUGUCAAUCAAAAUCCAACUCCACACUUCCUUCCACCAUUCACGGACUCAUUUCGCAGGCGGACACACAAUCGGAAACGCCCACUGCUUCACCUUCACGGGCCGCCUGUACAACUUCUCCGGGAGAGGUGAUAAUUCCGACACCGACCCAUCGCUGGAGAGGAACUAUCUGGCCAAGCUGAGGGCUAAGUGUGCCCAAGGAACCAGCGACGCCCUCAAGCUUGUGGAAAUGGACCCGGGGAGCUUCACCACCUUCGACAACAGCUAUUUCAAGCUGGUGGCCAAGCGCAGGGGGCUCUUCCAGUCUGACGCCGCUCUGCUCGACGACGCUGACACGAGGUCCCACGUCAUCCGCCUCGCUGAGUCUGACAACUCGGUGUUCUUCAGGGAGUUCGCCGAGGCCAUGGUGAACAUGGGCAACAUCGCCGUCCUCACCGGAAGCCAGGGGGAGAUCAGGAAGAACUGUGCCCGCGUCAACUAG